CCUUGUCACACUUCAAAGGGCCUAAAACAUCCGACAGUUGCCGCACUUCGGUCACACUCGUGUAGCCUAGCGGCACCAACAACGACUCUCAGAGAUCAUUCUGUCCCUAAAAUCUGCGGAACUCCUGCCGAGAAUGUCGGAGACGUCAAGCGCCGACGUGGAUAGGGACAGGGGCUCCGGCUCCGGAUCUGUUUCCGUCUCUGGCUCCUCUUCUGCAUCCCCUCUUGAGUUACUGAAGAUCGAGGAAAUCCGCCAGCGCUCCCAACGACUGGUCGCCCGGCUCCAGCAGGUGCAGUGGGAAAUGACCACGUCUGGGACAUCCGGCAGCCGGCAGCCACCAGCCAUAACCGCAACCACAGCAGCCGUUACCACUGUGUUUAUGCAGCCUCGGCUGGUGGAGAUGCUACCAGGGCCCUCGCAGGCUGUGAACCGACCAGGUUCCAUUCCAAUUGCUAUACCCAUGCCGAUGCAAUACCUGCCUCUGCAGAUGCCCUCCUACCCGAUGGCUAUGCAGAUGGCCGCCCCGCCGCCGCCACCCAGUCAUCCGCCUUCAAUGCAGAUCCUCUCAAAUCGACAAAAUUCUGGGAACGCCCAACCAGCUUCCAGUCAAAGCAAGAAGUCGAAGAGAACGCUCAGGAAUGAGGUAGAGGCUCUUCAGGAAUUGAUCAAGACGCUCAGCGUGGUCUCCCCGGAUGUCAAUGCAUAUGCAGGCCAGCUGAUACGCCAGAGCGAGGUGCUCUCGCAGAUGGAGUGGACUACCUCUAGGACUCCGGCACACAUGUCGCCUCCAAACUUACUACGUCAGCUGCCCCAUCGAAUUGAUGGUGGAAGCGAGAUGAUCCGGAGGCAGCUGCAGCAGCAGCAGCAGCAACGAAUGGACGGUCGCCGGCGUAACGAUUCAGAGGUCUCCAGUGGAAGUAGCAACAGUGCCGCCACUCAACAGCCGCAGCAUGGACAUGGACGAAAACGGAAUCGCAGAAAACGUGACACCACCGACAAGAGCUCGACCACCCAGUCACAGAAGACUGAGCUACAGGCCAUGCGAUCGUAUAUAAACAAUAUAGUCCAACACCACGUGGGCACAGACCAGCAGCUCCCGCCAGAAAUGCUCUUCUCCGGCAACUUCUCCGACCUGGAAGCGCACGCUCAGCGCCUUGCUUCGGCUGGCUAUGGUCGUAUCGUUGAAGAGGAGAUUCGAGUCAACCGCAAGAACAACAGGCAGGCAUUCAUCACGAUGUCGAACGAUCGUGAAGCCCUCGAAAGGGAUGGCAUCGUCCUCCUGCCAGUUGCCCGGCGCUACGCAUUCGAGGGGGAUAAAGUUCGGGCCUUUGUCCUAAAUGCAAACAGUUCGAAGCCAGUCGAGAUCGACACCCUUCCUGCCUCAGGUGGCAUCACUGGGGGAAAGCCAUCUAUAUCCUUAGGGGACGAUGAAGAGCUCUCGGACGAAACGGAGUCGCAGGACUCUGACGGGGAUGCUGAAAAUGUGGUGGUAAUUUCUUCAGACAACUGUCCCAAGGCCUUCGUCAUUGCCAUUACCAAGCAGACGGAGCUGCGCCAGAUUGUAGGCACCAUAUCGUUCACGAACCCUAUCAGGCUUUGCGACGACCAACUCUUUUACAAGUUCCGCCCGUACGACUUGCGCGUGCCCAUGGUUUAUGUGCCGCAGGACGCCUGUGCCGCCCAUAUAGGCACCAUGCCCCGGGAGGUUUCCGGCUUGCUCUACCUGGCCCACAUACUCGAGACCGACUGCAAUGGGCACUGUAUUGCUGAGCUUAUCCAGCCCGUCGGCCGCGUAGGCAACCUUGAGGAUGAAUUGAAGGCCAUUCUCUUUCACAAUGGCCUCCGUGACAUAAAGCCGUUUGAGCAGCGCUUUAUAGACAUGUACUCCCAGCCGGCACCCGCUGUAAGCGCGGAGGAUCUGCUUCAGCGCAAGGAUCUGCGAAAGAAGUGUAUAUUUACAAUAGAUCCAAUGACGGCGCGCGACCUGGAUGACGCAGUUUCCAUUGAGAUGCUUGGCGACAACGAGUACGAGGUGGGCGUCCAUAUAUCCGACGUAUCGCAUUACCUCACGGAGGACAGCGAGCUGGACAACAUCGUCAAGGAGCGAUCCACGUCCAUAUAUCUGGUCAACGAAGUGAUUCACAUGCUGCCCCAGCCCCUUUGCAUGCGCUGCUCUCUGCUGCCCGGCGAGGACAAAUUCGCCUUUUCAGUCUUCUGGAGGAUGAAUGGGGAGGGCGUUAUUCUGCAGAAUAAGCCUACGUUUGCCCGUACUGUUAUCAACUCGUGCACGCAAUUCGCUUAUGAACACGCUCAGAAGAUAAUCGAUAACCCCAAUGAACGCUUCACCAAUAACGACUUUCCGACCAUUUUGAACGGCUUUGGAGCCGAAGACAUUGUAAAGAGAGUUUUGUUGCUGCACCAGAUCGCAAGCUCCAUGCGCAAGGUGCGCUUCGACAACGGCUCCCUCACAAUCAAUAACGCCAAACUGCGCUUUGUCCUCGACCCAAUUAGCGGCGAGCCAGUGGCAUUUGAGGUGGAGAAGCAGCGUGAGGCGAACCGCAUGAUCGAGGAGUUCAUGUUGCUGGCCAACCAGGCAGUAGCGCGCUUCAUACAUGAUUCCUUCCCCGAUAUGGCGGUGCUGCGCAACCACCCGCCGCCACUUACUAAAUCCCUGAAGGCGCUGCGGGAGAAACUGGUGGCCCUGGGCUUCGAAUUGGACUACUCCUCUUCGAAAGCGCUCCAGGAAAGCAUGGUGCGACUAUGCAACGAGGCGCCCAAUCCUGUUGCAAUGAAUGCAUGCCUGAGUCAGCUGCUAAUGAAACCAAUGGCCAGGGCGACAUACUUCUGCAGCGAAGGAAAAAUCGAUCCGGCAGAUCUCUGGCACUACGCCCUUUCCAUUCCGAUUUAUACGCACUUCACCAGUCCCAUUCGGCGAUAUCCGGACAUAAUGGUGCAUCGACUGUUGGCCGCCGCACUUCAGUACUGCCCGCCCCCAGGAAGAAGCCCGGACGAGCUGCAUGCCCUGACAAAGCUGGCCAACGAGCGCAAGUACAGUGCCAAAAUGGCCGGAGACGACUCCGGAAACCUAUUCUUUAAGCGCUACGUGCGCAACAAGCAGGUUAUCCAUAUGAAGGCCGUGGUCAUGGAAAUUUUUCAGCACAUGAUGAAUGUGGUCACCCUGGAGUCGGGGCACGUCAUCAGCAUCAACUUUAAGAUGCAAAAGGUGCUCGUCGACACGCAGCAUGCACCUAAUUACAUUCUGAUUGCGGAGCGGAACCUAAAGCAAUCGCAUAAGCUGCAGCUGCUCUCUGUAGUGCCCAUUCGCCUGAUGAUUUGGGACAACAAGCUGACCGGAGUCCUAACCAUGGGCGACCCGCGUCCCCAGGCGCAUAAGGAGCAGCAAAAUCCCAGUGGAUCCGACAACAGCCGGAGGAAGCAACAGCAAAAACACCAACAACAUCAUCAGCAGCAGCAGCAGCAGCAACGUCACCAGCAACAGCAGCAGCAGCAACGUCACCAGCAACAGCACCAACAGCAAAGGGUUUUUGCCAUGAGGCAAGACAGCUUAUAGGCGCCACGACCACGAUCUAAACUCUCCUUUUUACUGCCCUUUGAAUAUCAUUACUGACUAAUGGGCCAGGCAAUGAGCUUGGCCAAAAUUGACUCUGUGAUGUUAACAACUAACGACAAACUUUGUAAAAAUGUAUGUGGAAUGUACAUUAAAUUGUAAUCAAAUCAACCAAAUUGCAGGAUACCCAUUAUAAUAAAAUAACAGUCGAACAAACAGCGAUA